GAUGUCUCGUCUAACUAAUGUCAAUAACUAAAAGUCAAAUGCAGUCGGUCUGUGACGCAAAGUUAUUCACAAUUGUGAAUUUGUUCUUCAAUUAAGUAUAUAGUAGCGAAACUAUGGUUUGUUUAAGUUGGAAAGUUUUUAUUUAAACAAAAUGUCGAUUAUAAAUGAACCUGUGUUGAACAUUAUAGUGGUGGGCUUCCAUCAUAAGAAAGGCUGUCAGGUGGAGCAUUGUUACCCUGAGUUGGUUGCUGGUCGUCCAUCGGAACUUCCAGCUGCUUGGCGUUAUCUCCCAGCUUUGGCUUUGCCAGAUGGAUCCCACAACUAUCUUUCUGACACAAUAUUUUUUAGUUUACCAGGUUUGACUGAACCAGCACAUACGGUAUACGGUAUAUCAUGUUUUCGCCAAAUUCCAUUGGAGCAAGUGGCACAAAAAACAGAAGACAUGACAAGAAGUUCAGUCCAAAAAAGUGUCUGUGUGAUUUGUCGAGUGCCACUUUUUGGUCGGCUUGCUGUCAAAAUGGAGUUAGUUGUAAGAGCAUGGUUCUUGCAGGGUGAUUUUUCACAAACAAAACUUCUAGAGGAUGCUUUUAAACAUCUCAAUAGUUGUCCAGUUCAAAUAGAUCAAGCUUUUGAGGGUUUUUCAGUUCAAAAAUUAGUGGAAAGUUGGCGACAUAAAGCAUUAUUGCUAUUUAAAUUGUUACUAUUAAGGAGGAAAGUUCUUAUAUAUGGAUCUCCAGCUGGUGCAUUGUCAGCAGCAUUGUUAACACUUAUAUCUCUCAUGCCACGUUGCUUAGAGUUUGGAUUAUCUCAAUCAGCAAAUGUUGUUCUUUCAAGACCAUUGUCUCCAAUUCCUCCUGUGAUACAGGAGGAUAAAAAACUGGAUACUGCAGAUACAGAUUCUUUAAAAGAGGCUCUUGUAAACGGAUCAAAUCAAUUAGAUGAAGAACUCUCCCCAAAAGAGAGUGGAAACUUGAUGGAGGAAAAAGAUAGAGUAAGCAGACAGAGUUUUGAUGAGUCGGUUUUAUCAGAUGUUGUUGAUCGGCAGGAGUUAUCAAGUGGCAGAGAAAAGUGUCACAGCAUUGGUGAAAAAUAUAAAAUACAGAAGUCAGUAGUGGAAGCUCAGCAAAGUCCUACAAUGGCCAGGGAUAUGAGCGUAGAUGGAUUAUACAACCUAACUGGACAGAUUGACCAAACUGAAUGUGGAUUCCCAUUACCAUUGUUCGAGGAUGGAUAUAUUUGCUUACCUUAUUUGUCUUUACAAUAUUUGGAUUUAUUAUCCGAUUCAGCUGUUCAAGGGUUCGUUGUUGGUGCAUCUAAUGUACUGUUUAAGCAGAAGAGGCAAUUGUUUGAUGUGUUAGUUGAGGUCAAUGAAAUGAGAAUAGAAACAGCAGAUAUGAGCCUCAGGAGGCAGCUAACUCUUGGCACAGAAGAUCUUCGAUUUGCAGAUCAUGUAGUGCGCCAUGCUUCCACUCAAGGUGACACUUGGAUAAGAGAUCAAUUCGCUAGUUAUUUAAUUUACUUAUUAAGAACAUCACUCUUGCCAGAGGGAAGUAGGGAAAUCGAGUCUUAUAAUAUACAAUUUAUGGCUGCUUUCAAAUCAACACCAGCAUAUGAGAAAUGGUUAACAGAAACAAACAAUGCAGAAAUUGAAUCUUUUAUAAAUCUCACUCCAAUGCAUCCCUUCUCUGGACAGUUGUCGGUAGCCGAUAUGAAGCUCAAAUUGGCACAUACGAUGUCGACGACGGAGGGCGGGCGCAAAGUGUCGGCGGCGGUGGCCAGCACGGGGCGCGCGGUGGCCAGCACGUCGCGCGCGGUGGGCGGCGCGCUGUCGCACGCGCGCGGCGCGCUGUCGGGCUGGUGGAGCGCGCUCACCGCGCCCGCGCCCGCCGCGCUGGACGGCGCCGACCCGGCCGACGCGGCCGACGCGGCCGACGCGUCCGACGCGUCCGACGCCGACGAGUACGACGGCGACCUCGAGGACAACAGGCGCCACCCCGACGCCGAGGCGGACCCGCCCGACAAGUUCAUCGAGGACGAUACGGCCACGAGUAUUAGUAAAAUACGAGUCAUUUAAAGUGUGAUACUUAAAUUAGUCAAUUGUUAAAUCGUUCCCUGACGUCGUGUAAUCGUAGCACUUUAGUUUAAUGUCGCUUACGACUACUCCACAGUGUGAUUAUAAAUCCUCAUAAUUUUUGUUUUUAUUUUUUUUAUAAAUUUUAGAAAUCACUUAUCUAGUUAGUUGUACAGCCUGUUAGUAAUGACAAAGUUUAAUUUAUAUUUUUAAAAAUUAAAGAAAUUGAAUCUUACACUUUUAAGUAUAGUACUUUGUAAAUAUGAAAUAGUGCGAAUUUUUAUAACUACUGUAUUAUGCGAUGCAUACUAGUAAUCGUGCUCUGUACUUAAAAAGUAUUUGGAAACAAAAAAUUCAACACCAUCAUUAAAGUAUUUGACUAUUUUUUUGUCUAUUGAACAAUAAAAUGGCUAGCCACUGAUAUUAAGUUAUAAUGUAAAGAGAUUAUGUUUUGUGUUAAUUUAAUUGUAUUUUUUUUAGUUGAAAAAUUGGUAAAAAAUAUUUACACAUAAUUUCCCGUACUUUUUAAUAUUGAAUAAUUUAAAUACAUGUAUAGUGAGCAUACCAGAAAUUUUAAAUAUCUUAAUUGGUCUGAAGUGUUAUAACUGAACAUCAAAAUUAUAAUAUUGUGUAAUAAAAUGUAAUUGUUCUAUUAGAAUUGUCUUAUUAGAAAGAAAAGGUAAGCAUUAAAAAAAUAAAAAUAGCAAGAUGUCUUAAAUUAAACGA